AGCCUGCCACAGGAGGGCUCUCAAGCAACGGGUGGUGAGAGAGGCAGGGCUCCUCCCCCGUCCUCCCCCAGCACGGCCCCCUCUGGGUGAUCAGCCUGGUGGUCUUCUAGGAGAGCCCCUCAGUCACUGCCCUGCCUGGGACACUGUCCAGAAGCAGCUCUAACUCCCUGCCUCGUGUCCUGGGCUCACUGUCUUCUGAGCGGGACUGGAGUUCUGAGAGGGUGCUCUGCUCCUCCUGUCAUCUCUCCCUUUCCUUCUGAGGCCCAAGGAGGAAGGCAUGCUGCGGGCUCUAGCCCUCCUUCUAGCUUUCCUGGCUCCUGCAGCAACUCAGAUAUCUUCCAACUUGGAAGGAACACAGAUGUCAGUCACCAGACAGGCUGGGUCAUCUGUUGUAAUCACCUGUGAUAUUAAACAAAGCAGCUACUACCUCCACUGGUACCGGUACAAGAAGGGAAUGGCCCCACAACGCCUUCUCUACUACGAGUUCUCCAGCUCACAGGUUGUGAGGGAAUCAGGAAUCAGUUCAUCGAAAUACCAAGCUUCUUUAGGCACAAGGAGCACCGGUGAACUUUCAAUCAAGAAUCUGGAAGAGAGGGAUUCUGGUGUGUAUUACUGUGCUGCCUGGAACGACUGGAUCAAGACAUUUGGAAAAGGGACUAAGCUCAUAGUAACUCCCUCUGGUAGAAGACUUCCUGCAGACAUUUCCCCCAAGCCCACCAUUUUCCUUCCUUCAAUUGCUGAAAUAAACCUCCAUAAGGCUGGAACAUAUCUUUGUCUUCUUGAGAAUUUUUUCCCAGAUGUUAUAAAUGUAUAUUGGAAAGAAAAGAACGGCAAUACCAUUCUGCAAUCCCAGGAGGGAAAAACCAUGAAGACUAAAGACACAUACAUGAAAUUCAGCUGGCUGACCGUGACGGGAAGGUCAAUGGAUAAAGAACACAGAUGUAUUGUCCAACACGAGAAGAAUAGAGGAGGGGUUGACCGAGAGAUUCUCUUUCCUCCAGUGAAUGAAGUUGUCUCCUCAAUUGUCACUACUAUUGAUCCUACAACGGCUUAUCUGAAAGAUAAACGCAAGUUCCCUGCUAUAGGCUCUACAAAAGCCUCCCCAACAGAGCAAAGUGAGGUGACUGCUAUUGGUUCUACAAAAGCUUCCCCAACAGAGCAAAGUGCCGUCACCUCAAUUGUCACUACUAUUCACUCUACAAAGGCUUAUCCGACAGAUGAAAGUGCUGUCACCUCGAUUGUCACUACUAUUGAUGCUACGAAGGCUUAUCCGAUAAAUGAAAGCAUUGUCACUUCUCCUGGUCCUGCAAGAGCUUACCCAACAGAGCAAAGUGUGGUCACCGCUGCUGAUUCUAUGAAAGCUUUUCCAAAAGAGGAUAGUGAGGUCACUGCCAUUAAUUCCACAAAAGCUUGUCGGACAGAUGGUAUAAACGCCCUGCAGCUUCAGCUCACCAUCACCUCUGCCUACUACACCUACGUCCUCCUCCUCCUCAAGAGCGUGGUCUACUUCGCCAUCUUCGCCUUCUGUCUGUUAAGGAGAACAGCAGUCUUUGGCAAUGGAGAGUGUUCUAACAGCUGGUGGCACAAAGAAGUCAACUUUUCUUCGUUUAUUUUACGUAAAAGUUUCUCCUGAGGAUCUAGCUGGGCUUUCACUCUGGGUUUGGUUAUUUCAGUUCACGUGUGUACUUUUCUAUUAUGUCAUUAUUGUGUAAUGGUUUCUCAAACCACUGGGCAAACAGAAAAUUUUACUCUCUAACAAUGAAUUCUGCCAUUACUCCAGGGCGAGGCCAAGGGAUAGUCCUUUAGCACCACUGUCUCCAUGAUCUCCAUCAGCUCAUGCAGCAACCCAAAUAGUGAUGCCUUCAGAGUACAGACAGCAUGCAGCUUCUAGUCAUAUCCCUUAGUGCCCUUUACCCAGAUGACUGCCUUGAAGUCUUCCAUUUUACAAAUCCUGA